AUGACAAGUAUACCAUCUAGUUUCGAUAUGGGUCCAAAGGAUGCCGACGAUUUGGAAGAAAUGUCCUUUGGUCAAAGAAUUGUUUACCAUUGUAAACAACAACCAUUGGUCCCUAUUGGUUGUUUAUUAACCACUGGUGCAGUGGUAAUGGCAGCUCAAAGUAUCAGAACAGGUAAUAGUCGGAGAGCUCAAAAUUUCUUCCGUUGGCGUAUUGGUUUCCAAGGUGCUACAUUAAUUGCACUAGUGGCAGGUUCAUUCUUAUAUGAUAAUCACAGAAAAGAUAUGAAGACAAAAGAAGAAUUAAUGAGAGAAAAGGCUAAGAUGAGAGAAAAGUUAUGGAUUCAAGAAUUAGAGAGAAGAGAUGAAGAAGCUAAAUCAAGAAGAAAGAGAGCUGAAUUAGCAAGACAAAAGACUAAAGAAAAUGAAGAAAUUAUUAAGAAAUUAGAAGGUGAACUAAAAGAACUGGAAUCUAAAGUUACACCAAAAUCAAAAUAA